AGGCCUUCUGGGGAUUGUAGUUCCGGGCCCACCGCGGGGUCGCGGGCCCUGCGCGCAGCCGCGCUCUCGAUGCUCCGGGAGGGCAGAGCGGCCCUUCGGUUGCCAUGGCUUCUGAGUUCGGCCGCGGGAGAGGAGCAGCCCGGCUAGGCGCUCGCUAGUUUCGGCGGCGACGCGCAGCGGGACAGCGGAAGGAACGCGCGCGGUGGGUCCGGGAGCCAGGGGCGGAACGCUGGGGAACCAGGAGCCGCGGAGGCGGCGGGAGCGGGGCCAGCGUUUUCCUCCCGGUUGCUGAGCGUAGCUCCUCACCCAAGCCCACUCCCACGCUCUAGCGAGCAGCUGCAGUGUGGAAGGAUGGCAGUGAGCCACUCAGUGAAGGAGCGGACCAUCUCUGAGAACAGCCUGAUCAUCCUGCUGCAGGGCCUCCAGGGCCAGGUCACCACCGUGGACCUGCGGGAUGAGAGCAUGGCCCGCGGACGCAUAGACAACGUCGAUGCUUUCAUGAACAUCCGCCUGGCCCAGGUCACCUACACGGACCGUUGGGGGCAUCAGGUCGAGCUGGAUGACCUCUUUGUGACAGGCCGCAAUGUCCGUUACGUCCACAUCCCCGAUGAUGUGAACAUCACCGCGACCAUUGAGCAGCAGCUGCAGGUCAUCCAUCGGGUGCGCAACUUCGGCGGCAAGGGGAAAGGCCGGCGGGAAUUUCCCUCCAAGAGCUAUAAGUGAGCCUGUCCCCUCAGCCAGCCCUCGUCCCCACUCAGGUUCCUCCAGAGUUCUACUGAGCCAAAGCCUACUCUCCCUCCCCGCCCAGAACCUGGAAAGGGAGGAGGGCCAGUCCAGAAGCUGGUGUCUGACAGACAUCACCUGUCACAGCUGCCUUUCACAGGGUCCCACCUCCCAGACUCACCCUGGGACCCAGAAUUCUAGUUAUCUGUCUGUGGCCUUGGGGUAGAUGACAGUGCCCCCUUUGGAUCAUUGUUUAUCUGAAUCUCUGAUUUACUGGUUUAGGGAAUGUGUCAGAUAGCUUUCAGCCCUCUCCCAGUGAAGAUUGUUGAAUGUGCUCGGCCUGAGCACCCCCACGUCUCUUGUAAUUGCAGUUUUUUUCUCGCAAAACUAAAUGGGAUGCAAACAAGUCUGUGCCUCAUGCUUUUCCCUCUGCACUGGGCUCCCUGCUGGUCCUGUGUCGUAGGGUGCUGGGUCGCAAGCAGGACUGCACAUUGGAAUCACCUAUCUCACCCUCACCUAUUUGGAUUUACUUGGUAUGAGGUGUGGCCUGGGCAGUGGGAUUUUUUUUUUAAGUUUCCCAGGUGAUACGAAUAUGCAGCAAAGCUUGAGACGUAGGAGAGGCCUUCAGUCUGGUCAGGGGGAAAGCGGCUCUUCUGUUCCGAUUCCCUGUUGAAGAGGUUGUUAGUCUCAUUGGUCUUUCCUGAGGUGGAGAGGCUGGAGUAAUCCUGGGCCCUCCCCUCAAGUGUGGGAGCUCAUCCCACAGCAAGAAAUCAGGCUCCGAUUCUGAGAGUCAUUGGGUCUUCAGGGAAGAAGGCGUUCUCGGGGUUAGAACCCCAGCCUUCGUUGUAGCUGCCUUGCAGCCGUCCCAGCCCUGCCACCAUCUCGGUAGAAGUGGCUCUGUCCUCUGGAACCAGAGAGUUUGUCUUCGUCAAACAAACGUCCACAGCAGCUUUCCUGUGCCAGGCCUUCUGCUGAGCACACAUUGUCCAAUAAGCUUUGGUCCCUUCUGGAGAGGGGCUUAGAAUCUAGCAGAGGAGGUAAUCAUUUCCUGAGGGAGAUUGGAGAGGAGUGUUCAUUUGGGCGCUGGCAGCCCACGGUCACUGCAUUCACAUUCUAGCCCAGUCUGUCCAAGUGUUGUCCCUGGACCACCUCAUCAGAACCAACUGAGAUGUGUCUAGAAGAGCCACCUUCCUGGCUCCCCAGAUUUGAAACAGAACCUGGAACCCGAGAAUCUGCAUUA